AUGGGUGAGCGAAAUACGUUUAUCCUACAUAUAUCAACCCGGUUGAUCAUCUUCCUGAUGCUGGCGACCGCCGGAACCGGGCUGAACCGGCUCGGUUCGGUGCAAGCGAUAGCGGUUACGACAACGGACGAAAUGCUAGAAUCGACGCACACAACUCUCCCGGUCGAUGUACCGGAAACCGAAGCGGACGAACCGAUGAGCGUGGUAAGUGAAAAAUCCGACCUCUCCGAGGCGGAAACGAAGGAUCCUAAGAAGCUAGAAAUUAUCAAACAAAUUCGGAAGAUUAACAACGAUGGGUCGUAUACUGUGGGCUAUGAAGCGGAGGAUGGGACGUUUAAGAUCGAGAGUCGUGACGUCUUGGGUAAUAUCAAAGGAACCUAUGGAUAUAUUGACGAAAAUGGUGACAUUCAGCGGGUGUCGUAUAACGCACAUAAUAGCACGGGAAUCAAGGGAACCCAACCGGCACCUGUCACGGAAGAUGUCGUUCACAUUCCACCGAAGUUCAACAGAAGCCACAUCGGAGCUCCGACGACUCGACGACCUGCGUCGUACCAUUCAACCUCCACCGUCACACCUCAGCGGACCAGCGUUAUUCAGACCAUCCCACGCAAGCGACCACAUCCGACUUCCACAACGGAACGACCUGCCAUGACGCGAAUGACGGAAACUUCCACUUCCUCUUCAGAAGCAACCAUGGCCUCCAGCCAAAGUUCGUCGGUUCAAACACCCAAACCGUUGCUGAUCAUCCGUCCAACUCCCUUACCGCUGAUGGCGAAAACAAUCGAACAACUUGCACGACCUGAGAAACUCGAGAGUAGCGAUCACAUCACACGGAUCUACUCGAAAUCCGUAACGCCAAGACAGCGCGAGCUGGAGAGAAAACCUCUGCGAGGUAAUUUUCUGCGAAGACAACUGCCCCAAGAUUCGGGAGAACAGUACGAGGCUCAGCAGCAGAUCGUUUAUGGACAAUCCGCUGGGGAAGAGAUUGCCAACCUGUUUUCAGCGACCCCACCUGGCCUGAGGCCGAUCUACACGACAACACCGGUUCCUCGAAUUCCCGUGGCAGUGCUGGCGGCUCGACAGCGCGCUGCGCAACUUCAGAAUCUUUUAACCAGUGAACGACCGGAGACUACAACCGAGCGAGUGUAUGCUAAACCCCCCCGUAAGCAGCAAGAACCUGCUCCGGUGAUGUACGAACCAGCUACGGAGCCUACCUCGGAGAAUAGUUACGUAACCGAUACGCCUGGAUCUGCUGUGCAGAUCCCGGCUAAUUCGAACCGUGAAGUGACCGAGACAGCUGAAGACGAACGACGGGUUUAUCGGCAGAGACCGAUAGAAUUUCGACCGCGUGAAAGUUACCGAUAUUUACCGGCUCAAGAUCGUCCCGAGCGAUAUCGCGUACCACUGGGUGUUCCUCCUCAUGCCCGCGGGUUUCCUGCCGCUGAGGCUUCCUUCUAUCGGGAUCCAUCCGGUCGUGGACCGGUACCUAUCAACCCAGAGAACUACCCUUCGGACGACGAAGACAACAGCAUAGCUUACCGGCAACAACGAAGACCACAAGGUCCGCCACCACCACCGCACUACAUUCAGAAUCAACAGGAAGCACCAACCGCUAACAGUGUUCCCAACGCACACAGUUACCCGCAACAAUCGUACCCGGUACCGUACUCCUACAACCCUUACCGCAACCCUUACCAGGCCCCAGUAAGUCCAUACUACGACUUCCCGGAACGUCCUCUAACAACCAGGGACUUCGAACGAAUCCUCCAACUGCUAAUCUAUCGUCAUCAGCAAGUACAACAACUUCAAGCAUACCGUUUCGGAGGCUACACCAAUCCCUACUACGGUGGUCCAUCCUUAGCACCACCAUUCAUUCCCGGUCCCUUCGGAGCCGCCGGAGGCGGCUAUCCAGCGCAAAUCCCACGACCACCGUUUUUCAACGGCGGAGCCGGCUACUUCGAUCCACGCUAUCAAAACCCGUUGUACAGUCCUUCGACGGGAACCCGUCAGUAUUCUGCAGCAGCCGGACAACAGCAAGCCGCAGCCGAGUACCCCGGUCCGGAACAGCAAGGCUACCAGCUACAACGACGUCGCCAGCAGCCACAACCACAACAGCAUCAGCCUCAGUUCGCACCACGAAUCGAUCACCAUCAGGAUCACCAUUACCAGGGCACUCAACCGGAGCUGAUUCCACCGGAGGUGCGGGAAGAUCUGCUCUACCGAAUGCUGAUGCUGGCGAUUCAGCAGGAUCCGUCGACGUCGUUCCUUGUCGGUGGUGCUGCUGCUGGUGGCGGUGGCGCUGUUGGUGUACCGGGUGUGGGCAGCGGCUUCUCGACGGGACUCGUCCCUGCCGGAUCGGUGCCACGGCCGCAGACCACGUCCGCCACGUCGCCCGGCUACAGCAAGAAACCGGUGCGGAGUGUGCAGAUCCUAGGCGAGGAGUGA